UUGAAUUGUCCAAAACCAGACACCGAGGUGACGCUUUUGUCUGGUUCCUUUUUCCCACCAUCAAACAAAAGUAGUUUCCGCACAACAAAAAAGCAAGAGAGAGAGAGAGAAAAAACCACAUUGGGAGAAGGAAAUGGACGGUAACACUACUGAAGCGGAACGUUGGCUCACCAUAGCUGAGAAGCUAUUGGCGUCACGUGACUUGCACGGGGCUAGGACGUUGGCGAUCCGAGCACGGGAACUGGCUCCGGUGCCGGCUGACCAGAUACUGGCUGUGACCGACACUCUCAUGGCUGCGCAAUCAAACCCUCAAGAUUGGUACGGGAUAUUACAACUCGUGCCGUUAACUCAGUCUAUGGAAGUGGUGGCGGGUCAGUACAGGAAACUGGCUAUGUUCUUGAAUUAUGGGAAGAACGGUCUUUCUUUUGCAGAUCAGGCCUUUCGGUUGGUUUCUGAAGCUUGGAAUGUGUUGUCUAACCCUUCUAAGAAAGCCAUUUAUGAUAACGAGUUGAGGUUUCUUCAGUUUGGCCCGGUGAGUCAGUUCGGUCAACAGUAUCACCACCAUCAGCAGCAGCAGCAGCAUCAGCAACAACCGCAACUUCAGCAGCCGCAAACACAGGCGUUGUUUAUGCAACCGCCGCCGCCUCCGAAAGAGACGCAGACGCUGUUUAUGCAACAGCCACCGUCUGCGCCUCCGAAAGAGACGCAAACGCUGUUUAUGCAACCGCCGGCUCCUCCGCCUCCUAAGGAAACGCAGACGUUGUUUAUGCAGCCGCCGGCUCCUUCGCCUCCGAAGGAAACGCAAACGCUGUUUAUGCAACCACCGGCACCUCCGCCUCCGAAAGAAACGCAAACGCAAACGCUGUUUAUGCAACCACCGGCGCCUCCGCCUCCGAAAGAAACGCAAACGCAAACGCUGUUUAUGCAAUCGCCGCCGAAAGAAACGCAAACGCAAGUUACACAACCGCUAUUUGCGAUUAGAAGCCCUACGAAUAAUAAUAAAGAUGGAAAUGCUGCAUUAGAAGGGGGAGGGCAGUUGGGUUUAAAUAAUAAUCCGCCGGAGCCGACUCGCCCGGCUGAGUCAACUUGGGCAAGGCAGAUGAAUCAGACAGGUUUAGCUGGGCCGAGUCAGAUUAAUCAGUCAGGAUCAGUUAGUUCGAGCCACAUUAGUCGGCCAGAGCCUACACGGACAAGCCAGGUUAAUCGGCCGGAGCCUACGCAAUCGAGCCAGGUUAAUCAGCCCGAGCCAACCCGGACCAGCCAGGUUAAUCAGAUAGGAGUUGCUAGCUCGAGGGAAUUGAAUCGGACCGAGUCGAUUCGGACAGUUGAGAUUAAUCAGACAGCUCCGCCUCCUCCUCCUCCGGCGGAGAAUACUCGAACAUAUCCCAAUGGUGUGACUGGGAAGACCGAUUCCACUCGGCCUAGUCAAGCUACUGAGUCAGAGGGACCGACUUUCUGGACAGCUUGUCCGUACUGUUACGUUCUCUACGAGUAUCCCAGGGUGUACGAAGAUUGUACGCUGAGGUGUCAGACUAAGAGUUGCCGGCGAGCUUACCAUGCAGUUGUGAUACAGUCGCCGCCGGUGAACGGAAAGGACACUCAUUUCUACUGUUGGGGUUUUUUCCCAAUAGGGAUUUCGAGGAAUGGUAAGAAUAAGGGCGGUAAUUUCCCCGGUUGGUCCCCUAUUUCCAACAUGUUUGCUUGUCCCAUCGACAAGAUUGCUGGAAAACAAAAGACUGCCACAAAACCUGCUCCAAGAGUGUAUUACGAUGACAAUGAUGCAUACGUAGAGAUUCUUGAUUCAAGUGGACCUUCAGACGAGGAUGAUGACGACGACGAAUGGCAGAAAGAUGAGAGGAAGAAGAAGAAGGCAAAGAGUGCCAAAGGGAAAGGAUCUGCUGGGAGAAAACCUAAGAAACCACAGAGUGAGAGAGUGAAUAAAGGGAGCAACGAGCAAGUUAGUGAUAAUCACAGUGGGAAUUUAAACGGUGCUCCGAUAGCACCCGAGGGAAAGCCAACUGCUGAAUCAAGCAGAAGGGGGGUCGCAAAUAGUGGGAGGAAACAAAUGGUGAGAGGAGCAAAGAAUCUGGGGAAGUUGGAUUUGAAUGUGGAGUUCAGUAACGAAGUGGAAGAGCCGGUACCAAGGAGGAGUGAGGGGAACCAUGCUGGAUACGGUGAAGAGGAUAACAUGGAAGGGAACGGAUUUUUUGAGGGUCUUGAUGAGUUUUUAAGUAGCUUGCCUAUACUCUCAGCUGUUGGGGAUGAUAAAGUUAAGGCUACUUAGUGAAGUUAAAAGCUUGGUACAUAACCAUCAGACAUUUCGGGUUGAAGAUCGAAUAUCCACCCACCUUGUAAGUUCCCCCUCUUUUAGAAAAAGGGAAAGAUAAAAAGUGCCUGAUGGUGGAAAUAUGGUCCGAGAAAAGUUGAAUCGAGCUAUUUAGGUUGUUAGUAUUGCUUUUUUUUUUAGAAGAUUUCAAUAAAUAGGGGAUUCAUAGCAGAAGAAGCUUCAAUUGUUAGGGAUUCUCUAUGGAUCUAAUUAUCAAUGCCUUUGUGCUCUAAGCAUGACACACCAAAGGUUAUUUUCACUAUCGUUUAACUCUUUCCAUUCAAUGCAAUAUAUUAGCUUUAAUAUAUUCUUUUUUUAA